AAGAAAUCAGAAACACACAAGAAAUUUGACUUCGGUAUUUGCUCCCUCAUCACAGUCCACCAGCCUCCUGUGGUAACCUCAGCUCUGGGUCAUGCUGUCGUGCUGCAGUGCCAGCUUAUUCUGUCCCCCGAUGAGAGUCUUUUGUCCAAUCUGAUCCCAUAUUGGGUCCACAUUAAUUCCAGUGCCAGACUGUGGUCCCCCACUGACAUGAAGUACAGAAACCGUGUACAACUAAUGGAUGAUAAUAUAAACUCCCGUAAUAAGUCUAUACUGCUCAAGGGGGUCCAGUGGGCUGACAGUGGGAUGUACCAGUGUAAACUUUCCAUCACCACAGAGAGGGAGAAGGGCCGGAAGCUGGGAGGAGGAACUGUAUUGAUGAUUUAUGACACAAUGAUCUUUAACCUCACCGCUCACAAUGACUCCCUGCUCUGCUGUGAAGUUAAAGUGACCAGAUAUCCCAAUUUGUUUUUGUCCAUUUUCCACGAUGGAUCCAAACUCCACAGUGUUGACUCUGCUCCAAACAGUACUGCAGCAGCUCAGCCCUACGUCACACUCUCUAUGAACGUGUCUGUGAGGGGUGGGGGGAAAUAUGAGUGUCAGCUGCACCUGAAUGCAGUUCUGAUAAUGAAAAGCAGCUUCUUGCACAAUCCACCUGUGUCUGGAGAAGAACAAGAUGCUGAUAAAAAUGUUUCACUACCAUGUUCACCAACCGUCUGUGAUCCAGGUGCUGUAGUGUUUCCAGAGCCAUGGUUCCUGUAUGGAUCUCUCCUCCUGGUACCCAUCACCAUCCUGCUGGGAAUCAUAAUCAUCCAGAAGGCCAGAUGCUGAGUUUGUCAUCUGGGUAAAACAGAGUAACUUGGAGACAGAGAUGAGGGCCAGUUUCGAAGAGAGCAAGUCUCUUUGAGGUGUUUUUAAACUCAAAGUCAUCAAUCAGCAGGUGCAGAUAGCUUUAAUGAGUUUAAAGCUCCUGUGAGGAGUUUUCCUCUGGUUUUGAAAUGUAAUAAAAUUAACACAAGAUCAUC